ACCUUCCCCGCCGCUCCCGCUCCGCGACAGCCGCGCGGCGCCGGGACCUGGCCCUGGAUUACCCGCGCCCCGCAUGCCAUGGAUCACACCCUCUUCGGCUGCCUGCGCAGCCCGCACGCCGCGGCGCAGAGCCUGCACCCCUUCUCCCAGUCCUCGCUGGCCCUGCACGGACGCUCCGACCACAUGUCCUACCCCGAGCUCUCCACCUCGUCCUCCUCGUGCAUCAUAGCGGGAUACCCCGGCGAGGAGGGCAUGUUCGCCAGCCAGCACCACCGCGGCCACCACCACCACCAUCACCACCACCACCACCACCACCAGCAGCAGCAGCACCAGGCGCUGCAGACGAACUGGCACAUCCCCCAGAUGUCCUCCCCCCCGGCCGCGGCCAGGCACAGCCUGUGCCUGCAGCCCGACUCGGGAGGCCCGCCGGAGCUGGGCACCAGCCCCCCGGGGCUCUGCUCCGGCGCCUCCAGCCUAGGCACCAGCACGCCCACGGGGGCGGCCUGCGCGCCAGGGGACUACGGCAGGCAGGCUCUGUCCCCGGUGGAGACGGAGAAGAGAGGCGGCAAGAGGAAAAGCGACAGCUCAGAUUCCCAAGAAGGAAAUUACAAGUCAGAGGUGAACAGUAAACCUAGGAAGGAAAGGACAGCUUUCACCAAGGAACAAAUCAGAGAACUAGAAGCAGAAUUUGCCCAUCAUAACUACCUGACCAGGCUGAGGAGAUAUGAGAUAGCAGUAAAUCUGGACCUCACUGAAAGACAGGUACUGAUAAAUAGUAAUGGGUUUGAAAUGUUUAAUAUUUAUUUCUACCAGCAGUAGGCAAUCUCGCCACUG